ACCUUACCGGUGUACCUCCUGUAAAAAUACGUUUGUUCACCGUAGCUCUCUAGCAAGACACAAACAAUCCCACACGAGUGUCGCACAAUACAGCUGCUCAGAAUGUGGGAAGGAAUUCAGCCAAUCGUGGACUUUAAAGAUACACAUGCAACAGCACACCGGAGAGAAACCACACUACAGCUGUCGGUGUGAUAAGAGUUUCUCAGCUUCACCACUCCACAAAAGACACCAGCGAGUUCACACUAAGGUGAAACCUUACCCCUGCUCUCUCUGCAGAAAUAAAUUAUCCUCGUCAGCAAAUCAGUCCUGUCUCCAUGCUGGAGAAGUGGCUAGCCUGAGCCAAGCUCCUGGACAGGGAUCACAGCAGCAGGUGUCUGCAGCGGUAGAGGAGUCUGUUGUACUGGAUGCCAAAGUGAAAGAGGAGGAGGAGGAUCAUGCUUUCGAAGAGAGACCUGACCACUGCUCUGAGACUGAAGGGAGUCCCUCUGCAUCAGGACUACCUGAACAACACCAGGGGAAUCACACAGCUAAGAAGAUUCACUGCUGUUCAGUUUGUGGAAAAAACUGUCAUAAGUUAUCAAAACUACAAAUACACAUGAGAACUCACACAGGAGAAAAACCUUACUCCUGCUCUGUCUGCGGGAAGCAAUUCAGUGACAAAGGAAACCUGAAAAAACACCAGACGGUGCACACAGGAGAGAAGCUGUACAGUUGCGCCGUGUGCGGGGAGAGUUUCUCUUCAUCGUCAAAUCUUACCAAACACCAGAGAACGCACACAGGAGAGAGUCAUGGUUUUACACCAGCACUGGUUAUCAUAGUGAAAGAGGAGGAAGAGGAUCCUGCUUUUGCAGAGAGACCUGACCACUGUUCUGGCAGUGAAGGGAGUCCCUCUACAUCAGGAUUACCUGAACAACACCAGGGGAAUCACACGGCUAAGAAAAUUCACUGCUGUUCAGUGUGCGGACAAGACUGCAAAAAGUUAUCAAAACUGCUAAUACAUAUGAGAAUACACACAGGAGAAAAGCCAUACCCUUGCUCUGUGUGUGGAAAGCAGUUCCGUGUAAAAAGACAUCUUCAAGACCACCAGAUAGUGCACACUGGAGAGAAACCUUACGUCUGCUCCAAAUGUGACAAGAGGUUUGGUUUCGCCUCAGCCUUGAAAAGGCACCAGUGGUUACACGCAGAAGAGAAACCUUAUUCCUGCUCUGUGUGUGGGAAGGGUUUUAGCUUACAAUCACGCAUGAAGGAACACUUCCUGAUGCACUCAGGAGAGAAACCCCACUCCUGCUCUGUCUGUGGAAAGAGUUUCAGCCGUCCAGAUCAGUUAAAGGACCACUCUCUGCAACACACAGGGAAACCCCACCACUGUUCUAUGUGUGAGCAAAGCUUUGCCUUGUCUAAACAACUCCUGAAGCAUGAGAAGACUCACACAGGAAAGAGACCUUAUAGUUGCUCUGUGUGUGGGAAGAGUUUCAGCGAGAAGGCGUAUCUUGAAGACCACCGGUCAGUGCACACUGGAGAGAAACGACACCCUUGCCCUGAUUGUGACAAGAGGUUUGGAUGUGCUUCGUCCCUGCGUAAACACAGACUGUUGCACAUAGAAGGGAAAUCCCACUCCUGCUCUGUGUGUGGGAAGAAUUUUUCUGAAGCACGUUACUUGAAGGAGCAUUUCCGGACACACACUGGAGAGAAACCUUUCUCCUGCUCUGUCUGCGAUAAGAGUUUUGCAAGAUCAGCAGGCCUUAAAGUCCACCACAGAUAUCAUACAGGAGAGAAACCUUACAGAUGUCCUAAAUGUGGCCAGAGCUUUGUUAGUUCUCAAAAACUUCAGAGACAUCAGAAAACUCAUGCUGGUUUAACACCUGUUGAGUUUCAAAACCCUGUUAAAACUGAAGGAGAGCGGGAGGGAGAAGAUGAGGAAGUUGGUGGUCUGAUUCAUUCAGCUUGAGAAGAGGUUGGUUGGGAUCUUCAUCGUCUCGAUGAGAGUUCGGAGGGGAGAACCUCUACAUCAGGAGAACCUAAAGAAACCUAGGGGAAUCUCAAAGCUCAGAGAUACAGUUGCUCUGUGUGCGGGAAAGACUGGCAACGAUUAUUUGAUCUGAAAAAGACUAAAUGACAGUGCACACAGGAGAGAAAUCGUACAGCUGUCCUGUGUGUGGGAAGAGUUUUAGACGAACAGACCUAAUGAAGCAACACUUUUGGACACACAAAGGAGACACAUGGGGAGAAACCUUACCCUGUUUUGUCUGUGGGAAGACUUUAACAAGAUCAUCAGACCUUAACAUACACAGUAGAGUUCAUACAGGAGAGAAACCUUACAGCUGUGACGAAUGUGGCCAGAGACUCAACACUCCUCAGAGUCUUGGGAGACACAAGAAGAGACGCCACAUCUCACUUCCUGAGGAGGACCAGGCUUGCGGGGUCAAGACUGAAGAGCCCAAGACUGAAGAGCCAAUAGUGUCAUAGAUGAAGAGGAGGCAACCUCUUAU